UUCUGCAGUCUGUUCAUCGAUAUAAAAAAUCUGAUUUUAACCUUUCAUUGUCGUUUCCUCACAGUAAAAUACAAUCGAGGUUUCUCGCUUCAGCGGUGCGAUGGCAAACGAAGCAAAGCCCUGCCCAUGUGAUAUUGGGGAUACGAUUGAAUAUGGAGGUCUUGGAGAGGAAGUUCAAAUCGAGCACAUUAAAGCUUAUGUGGUUAAGCCUCAAGCAUCAAAAAAGGCCGUUAUUGUAAUUCAAGAUAUUUAUGGAUGGCAGCUUCCAAACACCAGAUACAUGGCUGACAUGCUCUCAGCCAACGGAUACAUAGCCAUAUGUCCAGAUUUCUUUGUUGGCAAAGAAGCAUGGAACCCAUCUCAUGACAUCUCAUUGUCAACAUUUCAGCAGUGGCUUGAGGACAAAAAACCUACAGACAUCAAAAAGGAAGUGGAUGUUGUAUUGAGUUACCUGAAGGAGCAGUGUGGAGCAAAGCAAAUAGGUGUUGUGGGUUUUUGUUGGGGUGGUGUUGCGACACAUUACGUUGCUCUUCACUAUCAAGAAAUUAAAGCUGCCGUCUCAGUCUAUGGUAUCGUUAGAGAGCGGGAAGACCGGUUUGACCUUAAGAGUCCAACCCUCUUCAUAUUUGCAGAAAAUGAUGCAGUGAUACCUCUUGAUCAGGUGACCACGCUAGAGACAAGACUGAAGGAAAAGUGCACUGCUGACUUCCAAGUGAAAAUCUUCCCCAAUCAGACACAUGGCUUUGUCCAUCGCAAGAGAGAAGACAUUAACCCAGAUGAUAAACCCUACAUCGAAGAAGCCAGGAAAGAUAUGAUCAACUGGUUGAAGAAGUACUUGUAAACUGCAACAGGUUAAAAUAACAGGUGAAGGUUAAACAUUUUCUAAAUGACAAAGUCUAAUGAUAAAAAGCAGUAAAUCUGAUAACAUUAACUUAAAAUUAUUUGAAAGCUUUUGCAGUUUGGCACUUUUUUUUCUACUCAAGAUUCAAAAAUCGAAAUGUCAAUGACAAUAAACAAAUCCGAAAACAAGUUUAAUAGUCACUUCGGUACUACAUUGAACUGCAUCAAAUGAUAAAUAACAGUACAGCUUCGACACAUUCCUUUAGAAGUGCUUGGACCGUUCAUUUUCAGCACAGCAGCAGCGCGUCGCUCAGUCUUCAGACUCGCCGGGGCCCCUGACAUCAUCUAUCUUAAGAAUCAUCUUGACUACUUGAGUGGCCAGAGAAAUCUGUUGUUUCUUUCCAAUGAGGGUCUCGAUUACAUGCUGUUUCUUCAUGUCUGUAAAGAUUGAAGUCAAAUUUGUAUCAGUUUAAGACUGAACCAAUUACAUGUAAUAAAAAAAUAAUUCAUAAUG